AAAUGUUACGAGGAUGUGGACGUCGGCUUCCCGAACCUUACUCAAAACAUCACCUCGUGUAACAGAACCGGUCUGAGAGUGAUGAUAGUCAUCACAAGGACACCACCACAAAUUGAGCGUAUGGGCGUGUGUGAGGUGGAUAUUUACGGUUGUUUUACACAUAAAUAUGGUGACCAGUGUCAAUUCAAUUGUACCAACUGUAAACACGGCUGUGACCCUGACAACGGAGUUUGUGAUUCUACACACUGUAAUGCUGGCUGGACUGGACCACGGUAUUGUAACCAAACUUGUUCAUCACUUACAUUUGGAGAGAACUGUGUUCAGGAAUGUCAUUGUAAGACGCCCGGAUGUAACGGAGAGACCGGACACUGUAACACACCAGGAUGCCAGGCUGGUUACCAUGGGAGUAGUUGUAGCCAAGUUUGUUCGAACACAACGUUUGGCGUGAACUGCUCAUCCACAUGUAACUGUGAUACUCCUGGUUGUGACUUAGUAACAGGUCAUUGUAACGUACCCGGGUGUGCAGCCGGCUGGAAGGGGGAGUCAUGUCAUAUACCUUGUUCCGACGGAGUGUUCGGUAAGGGAUGUACCACUCGAUGUCACUGCGAUGUACCCGGAUGUGAUAAGGCAACUGGUACUUGUACAAACACAAGUGCAGGAUGUUUGGAUGGCUGGAAUGGUUCUUCUUGUAGCCAAGCAUGUGUUGCUCCUUAUUUUGGAAACAAGUGCACAUCACAAUGUAGAUGUAAAACAGUUGGUUGUAACCACGUCUAUGGGACAUGUGCAUUAUCUGGAUGUAUAUCUGGGUGGAUGGGAACGUCAUGCUCCAAAAAAUGUACCGAAAACAAAUUUGGAGAAGACUGUCUCCUCACAUGUCAUUGUAUGACCCCCGGAUGUAGCCGCUUCAAUGGAACCUGUUUGUCAUCAGAUGGUUGUAGUGAUGGAUACGUUGGUAGCUCGUGCAGUACAAAAUGCAAAUCAGGACAUUUUGGUGCUAACUGUACGAAACAAUGUCAUUGUAAGGAUACUGCAUGUAGUCAUGUGACAGGAAACUGCUCUGCAUCCGGAUGUCUGCCAGGCUGGAGGGGUGACACGUGUAGUGAACGUUAG